UUCACCACAGUACAUUACACUGUACACAACACGAAAGAAGCAGAGAAGAAGAUCGGACGGCGGAGGCGAUGGAGUACGAGUACCGGUACAACAGCAGCGGCGGCGGCGGCAGCGGCAAGGAGAAGAGGCCUCCGGCGAAGAGGGGGCAGGUCAAGCUGCAGAUAGCGAGGGCGCUGAGCAACCUCGUGUCUCCCGGCGGCGCUGCCGACGGCUCGAAGCAGGCAAAUCGCAGCAGCUUCAGAAGGGAAACAAGCUACAACUGAACAAGAAAAUUAGAUGGGUAUGGUGCGUCUGCGUGUAAGUAUCAAAAACGAUCUUAUAUUAUGGGAUGUAGGGAGUUGUUUAUUACCUUUUCAGGGUUUUGGCAGGAUGGUGUCCCAGUUUAUAAAUGGAGAACCUGUCUGAUCCACCACCACUCUACUCUUACUUGGCUUGAGCGGGAAAUGCUCCAAGCUUGAGUGUGCAUUAUGCAUGUAUUUCAAGAAGAAAUUUAAUGUAUAUACAAGCUUUGAGUAUGCGAAA